ACCAUGUCUGGACGUGGUAAAGGUGGUAAAGGCCUUGGGAAAGGUGGCGCUAAACGUCACCGCAAAGUUCUGCGCGACAACAUCCAGGGCAUCACUAAGCCCGCCAUCCGCCGCCUGGCUCGGCGCGGAGGAGUGAAGCGCAUCUCCGGCCUCAUCUACGAGGAGACCCGCGGUGUGCUGAAGGUGUUCCUGGAGAACGUGAUCCGCGACGCCGUCACCUACACGGAGCACGCCAAGCGCAAGACCGUCACCGCCAUGGACGUGGUCUACGCGCUCAAGCGUCAGGGCCGCACACUCUACGGCUUCGGUGGUUAAGCUGCUAAUGCGCUUUCCUUAGCUGUUGCAAAAGGCCCUUUUCAGGGCCACCCACCAACUCAUUCAGAGAGUUGUUCACUUUUCGAAGCUUCUUGGCUCUGGAGCAUGCGAGGUAGCAUAUAAGCGGUGUCCUAUGCUAUACUCUGGUU